CUUUUUCGUUAAACAUAGCUUGUCCUCUGCACGUUCAGAUUUGUUGUGGCCUCUUAAGACACGUAAUUAAAUAUUUAACUAAGAAGGUAGGAGUUAUGUCACUUUGGGGGAGGUAAAACGGGAGCGUUUGCUCAUUCCCUGGAUGGAAAUGCCUCCAGGAGAAGGCGGAAAAGCAGCAAACAUCCGAAUACUUUCUCCCGCCUUGGCAGUUUUGACGUUGGCGCUCCUCGCGUCGGGUCAAGCAGGCGUCGUCUGUCCAGUUCUUUUAUUUAUAAAUCGACGGCACGAACAACUGAUGAUCUCCGCGACCAAAAUAACCAUCAACCCAGCUAUGGACUUGACGAAAGACGGUCUCAAAUCUCCAAUUUUGUGUGAAGUUUAUGGGUGAAUUUAGUUUGGAGGCCAAUCAACACUAUUUUGGAACUUUGCGAAGCGAUAGAAGUGACCAUAUUCUAAUAGAUUUCAAGUUUUGUCUUGGUUUUGCGGGGGUGUUGAACUCGGUUAUCAGGCCGGCAGUGGCCUUUUGAGCCUUCACAAUGCCGCAGGAACAAGCGUUAGAUGCGAAAAAUCAGGCACAGUCCCCGGAAGACACCGAGGAUCUGUCCCCGUUGCCCACCCAUGCCCAAGCGCCUGUUAGAAGAAGAGGCGGCAUAUCCGCUGAACCGGUCACAGAAGAAGAUGCUACCAGCUAUGUCAAAAAAGUUGUCCCGAAAGACUAUAAAACGAUGGCAGCUCUAUCCAAAGCCAUUGCGAAAAACGUGCUAUUUUCCCAUUUGGACGAGAACGAAAGGUCGGAUAUUUUCGAUGCCAUGUUCCCGGCUACUUUUCUGCCAGGAGAGGUGAUCAUUCAACAAGGGGAUGAAGGCGAUAACUUUUACGUUAUCGAUUUAGGCGAAGUGGAGGUAUACGUCAACAAUGAACUAGUUGUAACCAUAGGAGAAGGAGGCAGUUUCGGUGAGUUGGCCCUCAUCUAUGGAACACCGAGAGCAGCAACCGUAAAGGCUAAAACAGAUGUGAAGUUGUGGGGCAUUGACAGAGACUCUUACCGGAGAAUAUUGAUGGGUUCCACUAUCAGAAAGCGGAAAAUGUACGAGGAGUUCUUAUCGAGGGUGUCAAUCCUGGAAAAUCUCGACAAGUGGGAGCGAUUAACGGUGGCGGACGCUUUGGAGCCGGUCAGCUUCGAGGAUAGCGAAACUAUUGUCAGACAAGGUGAACCUGGUGAUGACUUCUACAUAAUCGUCGAAGGAUCAGCCAAGGUGAAGCAAAAGCGUGCUGAAGGUGAAGAGCCGCGUGAAGUGGGCCGUUUAGGCCCCAGCGACUAUUUCGGAGAAAUCGCCCUCCUGCUAGAUCGACCACGAGCCGCCACUGUAGUCGCAUGUGGGCCUCUCAAGUGUGUCAAAUUAGAUAGAGCCAGGUUCGAACGAGUACUGGGUCCAUGCGCCGAUAUUCUGAAGCGAAAUAUUUCCCAAUACAAUAGCUUUGUGUCGCUGUCCGUCUAACAAAAAAGCUGUAGUCUUUCCGUUGUUCCCCUGUACAUUAAAAAGGAGUCUGUACGGGAGUUGCGUUCAGAUUUUGGUAUAAUUCAAUGUCCCUUUUCCCUUUCUGUAGUCAGUUGAGCAGGUUUAUACAAAAUCGUCUGUUAAACGAAAGGGACCAUCGUACUGAUGUACAUUAAUUCUAAUUGGUGCAGUUAUAAGCUGGUUCUACACAAUUGAAAUUAAAGUUUUUGUGCAAAAUCUCCUUAAUUAUGAGUUUAUUUGCCAGUUGAGUUUUGCUUGAAAACUAUCCUUUUUAAUGUACAGGGCAACCAUUCAAAGGACUGAUUAAAAUAAAUCUACUCGGCCAAAUUGCUAAACGUCUUCUAUUCGCAAAUUAGAAGGUAAAUUAAUUAUAUAUAUAUUGUUGAAGCUAACUAGAACAUUUUUUGUUAUUUAUUGAUUGUUAACAAAUGAGAACUGCUAGACUUGUAUAAUGUAUACCCAAACUGUCUUUUAAAUCCUAUCAAAUACAAGUGUAAUACGCCUCCACUUUAGCUUCAUAUUGUUGCUCUGUUAAGUGUUUAUUUACCAUCCAGGUCGGGAUAAAUUGUCUUUCUUGACUCAUUGCGGUAUACAUUGUACUUUUCUUUGUAGUAAAAAUGAUUGCUUGAAAUCAAUGUACAUACUUGAUGAACACAUAGAUAGUAUUCUCCUGUGAAGAAUAUGCUGGUAUAAUUAGUUGAUAUAUAUGCUGGAGAUAAGUUCUAUAUUAUGUAGACUGGUUGCACCCAACGUAUAAAAUUGAUUAUCUUUAGUUAUGCAGUUGGUCAACGUGAAACUUGUACAUUCAAUAACCGAUGUGUACCUUCGUCCAAAAAUAAACUAAAAUACUAACUUUG